AUGUCUGGCCCAUCUAUUCCGCUAGAUUCGCCAAUCGCCUCCCUGUUGCAAGAUGCCCAGCCUCUCUCCCCACAGACCAGUGAAGGUGUGUUGAAAGAAAACAAAAAUGACGCCGGAAACUUACCCAGCAACCAUUACAAAGAACGACUUUCUCUGUUCCGGUUCAAACUCAGGCAGAUGUGCCUCCCCAUUGUCCGAAAGGAAACAGACCUUUUGGCCCGCUUGCAAGCACGCGUCAGAACUCCCGGGCGUGACCUUUACUUUGCAUGGACCGCCAACUUGGCGUCCCACACAUUUUAUGUGUUGAUGUUACCAUUACCGCUCUGGUUUGGCGCAUCCACAUUGGCUCGUGAUCUCAUCUUUGUGUUGGGAAUGGGAAUUUACGUGACCGGAUUCUUGAAAGACUUUCUCUGUUUGCCUAGACCGCGGUCUCCACCUUUGCACAGAAUAACCAUGCUGUCAUAUACGGCCCACGAGUAUGGUUGGCCAUCAUCACAUUCCGCCAAUGCCACUGCAGUGACAUUGGUGUUGCUAGCCACCUUUUACGACCAGCGUAGCUCAUUUUCGUACUUGCAAUUCGUGACUCUCAUUGGACUAUUGGCACUCUAUUACUUGUCAUUAAUUUUGGGGCGCUUGUACUGUGGAAUGCACGGAUUCUUUGACAUUCUAACCGGGAUGUCCAUUGGCACGGGAGUGUUUCUCUUCCGCUACUUCUACGGGGUGGCCUAUGACCAGUUCCUCUUUUACUCAUCGAGAAACAGUUCGUGGUUGGGUAUUUUUGCCACCUUUUUUGUGAUCAUAGCCGGCCAUAUGUACUUGAUCCACAUUUAUCCCGAGCCCGUGGAUGACUGCCCUUGUUUUGACGAUUCUGUGGCUUUUGUGGGUGUUCUCAUCGGAAUCGAUAUUGCUCACUACGUGUGUGUGCUCUCCAACAAAUUCACCUUCACCAACACGUUACAUGAUGCACUCAGAAUUCCGUUCCUGGCCGAUCUCAGUAUUCUAGUGAUGCUUGCUAGAGUGGUGAUUGGCAUCGUUCUCGUGGUGAUCUGGAAAUCCAUCCUGAAGCCUGUGCUCUUCAGUAUUUUGCCUCCGCUCUACAAAUUGAUCGGCGUCAACUUGCCACGUGUGAACUACAUCUCUACGGCACACUCAAAGACCGCCUCUCAUCAGAUCAGACGUCAGUCGCUCUCUAACAUGAAGAACGAGCCCAUGAUCCCGAUUGAGGAUAUCUUGAAGUCUGCAAGACAAGAAGUUGACGUAGUGGGCCCAGAGGAUGAUAUUGACGCAUACGAACUACUUGAUUAUCAGCUGAAACAUCCUGAAGAUAAGUCCGUCUCGGUGAAAAUCAGUGGAGUAUUCCGCCCUCGAUACGAUGUGGAGAUUGUGGGAAGGACAAUUGUCUACGCAGGGAUCUCCAUCACGUCAGUGUGGGGCUUUGCUUUUGCCACGCAAGCGAUGGGGUUGACAUAA